UUACCGUAACUACCGCCAGAUGGCGGCACGCUACAAAUAAGUUUUUACUCGGACAAUCUAUCAGUUGCGCAACGAGAAAGGAGGUAAAGAGCAACAAGACAGAUAUCGAGCUGCGGCAAAGCAUGCAGGUGGCGCGUACGCAAGAUAGUACGGACGUUGUGCUGUGACCCACCCGCAGGAUACUCAACUCUUUCUGUUUUCGCUGCGCACUGAGAGCCAUGGGAGACGAUUCGAGUCGCAGCUUCAAGGUGGUUUUAACCAUGCAACGCGAAGGAAACAACAACGGUGACGUUCAUUACAAGGUGGACGGAACCCGGUUUGGAUCUGAGAGCACAAUAAAACUGAACGUCGAAACGUCCUAUACGUUAACAUUGUGCUUCAGGCCAGCACAAACGUUAGAGAGCAUCUCACUGAUGGGAUCACGAUACUCUCCCAAGGAGAAGUCGCGGGACCAUGCCUCCUCAACCUAUUGCAUCACAUGGUCAAGCCUUGGCGUGGGUGUCACCAAGCAUGGCAAGCGGGAUAAAAUCCCUCUUGCGUUGCAGAUUCUUGAUGUUGGUGAGCUCCUGGUUAACUUGCAAGUUAAGUUCUACAAGGAAAAGGACAAGGAACAUGCCACCUGGGGCAACGCCCUGCACCAGAUUGACCUCGAUUGCGAAGUGAGUCGCUCGUCGGGAAGCCUGGUGGUCAACAAGCAAAGCUUUCGGUAAUGGUCCGCAGACACCUGCAGAAGCCUGGAAGCGUACUUGACGGUUGAGCUGUCGUUGGACUCGUACAACAGCUAUGGCCUGUGGCAACGCCCGAUUGCUGCAGAAGCUAUGGGCAGCUGGUGGCCUAUCAGACACGCGGGCCUGCCAUUUACUCAUUACCUGGCAUUGCAGCCAGUUGUGUCAUCAUCUUGGCAGCAGUGUCGUAGCAGUGGGUCCUGGCCUUUUUGAGAGCUUUUGAGCACGAUCUGGGCUGAAUGCGCCUGAGACGAUUGGCCUUAGCUAAUCAAGGUCACUGAACACCUCCAGCCUGUCCAAAGAGCUUUAUCAUCACUGCUAUACAAAUGUAGGUGGGACCUGAGGCUGGCAUGUUUAGAUGGUGGAUGUAUCGUGUCUACAGCUUCAGGCAAAAAGUCAUAUCAGUGCGCUCGUCCCGCCUUUUUCGCACCUUUAACUUCAUUGUUUCACUUCGAUGACACGCGACUGUGGUGAUUUAAUCAGUGCUCUGUCGUUUGUGCUGGAGGUGUUUGGUGUGUAGAUCACUAUUGGUGUGAUACGUAAGCUCCGGGAGGUCGUGUUUGUGCACUUUUUCGUGUGUUUUGAAGCCAACUUGUGGGAAGUGGCUGUUUGUCUUUAUAUUACUUGAUGUUAUGUGCGGUCCCAUCUUCAAUAUGUAUGUCGAUCAAGUUGCUUUUGACAGAUGAUGUCAUUUGAGAUAGUAAACGAGUUGGCAUCUGUAGCGAUUCACCCUUACUAACCACUUGUACUUUGUGAGUUCCGAGUUGUAGUUGCUAAUCUUGGUUAAUUAAUUUGGCUGUUGAAGCAGUUUUAAAUGCCACAUAAGAUAUGUGGUAGCUAUGAAGCAGUAAGAGGGAGGACCUUUCUUUUAUGGUUUUAUUUUUGACGGUGUCUCGGACAACAUUUCUGUUGAUAUUGAUUGCACUGAGUACCUUAUCAUAUCAUCUUCAUUACCUUGCAUACGUAUGAUACAUUAGUAUAAUUAUAUAUAUAUUAAUAUAUCCUGCUUAGAAAGAUCAACUGGACAUUUAUGAGAUCUGUUAGGUCUCCCAUCUCAAGCUGUUGGGGUGCGUAGUGAACAUUGCCAUGAAAUAUCUAGUCAAGUAACUCUAUCAUGCUGGUGAUGCCUUACCAAAAGUUGACGAACUCAGACGUUGAGGUUCACAUUUUUCUACCUGUUGAGACAAAAACGGUCACAGUAGUUAACCAGUGAGUGCCUUGAAUAACAUCACUUUCCCUACACUCAUCUGCAGCGCCUUGCUGUUUAGAGCAAGUGAGCGUGUCAUCAGCGAUGAUGAAUUUUAGUUCCUCACUUUCGCCAACUUGCCAGGGGUCGCUACUUUAUACAAGCGUCUUGAUGGCUGCAAGCACAAUGAGAAAGUGCUUGCUGCAAUUUUUUUUCUUUGAAACUGUCAUAGCUGCUGCCAAUUUUUGUUCAUAAUUUGUGUCACAGGUUACUCUGAAAUUCGUGCUGCCCACUUUAGUUUAAGGCAAAGCGUGCAUGUAAUCUCACUUGUCACUGCAUGCUGGUUUAGUCCUUUAUCGACUGCAACUAUCUGCAGCUAAGUUGUGUGUGAAGAUCAUUACAGAGCAAAAUGCUUUGAAAGAAAAAACCCUCGAUAGGUGUUCAUCAUAGCAUGGAGAAUGAAAAUCGUUACGUGAAAAAGAAGCAGAGUGGCAGCUUAGAUUGCUAACUACUGUUGGAAUGGAAGUGUUAAUUUUCUGUUGAUGUUCAAAACAUAUGACAAAGAAAGCACACUCACGUAACAUUUGGAAGUAAUUGGGCCAAUAAACUGAUAAGGGUGGUCGCCAAUCAAGAAAUGACACUACUUAGUAAAGCUGCCCCACUUUCAUAAAAACGUGAGCGGUGAUUUGAACAGGGCGAUGUGGCAGUUGUCUUUUGAAUCACCAGAUGGUACCGUCAUAUUAUGGCCUAGAAGUUGGAAUCACCAGAUGGUACCGUCAUAUUAUGGCCUAGAAGUUGGUGAUGGUAUUUCGUCGUGCCGAAGAAGUGCUCGUGACGAUGUCACGUCACACAUUAGGUGUGUUUUAUGACGGUAUCUUGUCAUGCCUUAGUCAUGGAAUUUUCUCCUUCGAGCAUUUUCGCUCUGCUGUCAAAAUUUUUCAGGAUUACUAGCUUGCUAAUGGGAUAAUGAAUCUUGCUGUCUGGGAAACUGUUGCAGCAGUUUCGAUCACAAAGUUAGGUACAAUCUUAAAAUACUCACCCACUUUGAACCCCUACUAAGGCUUUUGCAAUGAUGGGGAAUGGUGGCUUCUCUAUUUUUGCCAAGAGAAAUGAUUUGUCAUAUUCUUGCCGAUGAUGUGAACAUUAAGUUUUAUUUUACUGCCUAUAUAGAAGUCUUGUUACACACACAAGCAAACUUUUAGGGUCAUAUUCAGCACGUAUGUAUGCUACAUUCAUGUUAUAUUCAACGUAUUUCCUGUCGCAAAAUGCCAGAACUUUUGUUGUAUAGUGGUUCCUUCGGAAUUUUAAUUUUUAUGUUGUGCCAUAGUGCUUUUGUAUAAGGUAACAUUAUGUUAAAGUGCUUGCCAGUUUGUGUUGAAAUGUUUGUCCCAGCUGCAGACGUCUAUGAACCAGCAGAUUUUGCAAAACUGAGCGCUUUGUGAGCUGGUAUGUGCCAAGCUUUAGCUUUAUUAAAUCGUAACACUAUGUUAGCUCCACUACUAAGUGCAGUUAGUUGGCAGGUAAUUGAUAAGGCAGGUUCCUGAUAGUUCAUAGAAAUCACACACGUUUUAACUCUCAUGGUUAAGAGCGAGUCUUCAGCUAGCUCUUAUGAUAACUUUGUACUCGUUGCUUGUGCGAUGCUAUUUAUUGUGUGAUUUGUGAAUGUCACUCCAUAUUUUACAUUACUUGGUCAUCAUUGUCUUGGCUUGCCCUAAUGUGUUUGUGUGACUCUGUGAGCUGUAUUGUGACUUGUUUAACCACUUAUAACUGUUUGUGAGCUGCAUUAGCAGCAGAAAUCGAUCUGCGAAAUAGUAUCGAGAUGUCCUGUUUUUUUUGUAGCAUAAAAACUUGAUUGCUAGCUAUGGCUUAUUGCCAAAUUGCUUAUGACAUGCUCAUCCGAAUGACGGUUCACUUCCUGGUGCUAAUAUUCGGUGCACAAAAUUCUGAACUUGCCAAGGAAUUUUUAUUCAUGGGGCUUUCAUCAUCGCUUGUGAGUUGUCUGAAUCGUGCAGUGCAGCACAAGAUGAAGGUAAUUCUUAACAUAUCAUGUUUCAUGCUCAUGUGAAGUGCUAAAAUCAACGCAAGCUUAGCUCUUCAUGCUGCCUUUCAGCAGCCGCAUACUAUGUUGUGUAGAUAAUAGCACGUUGUGUCAGACGUACAGUGGUGUGGCAAUGAUUCCAGCUCUGUCAGUGACAUGUUGAUGUGCGAGAGCUCAUUAGUGCAAUUGCCACACAUUUCAUCAACUGACAUUAACAUCUUGAAUGAUACCUGAUGCAUAUAAUUGUUAUUCAAAAUUGAAACGGUCACACUUUCAUGAUCAUGCAAUAAUGAUUGCUGCACACUGUACGAUGCAUAAUAUCUUACAUGCACAUUGAUAAACGAUUCUUAAGAAGACGGAAACUUUUGCAGAAAACACAGCUAUACAUAUGGUGCUAUCUUCUAGUAAGCACAGCCAACAAAAACGUUUUUUACUAUUGUUAUACAAAGUCAGUAGUUUUAAAUGGUUGGAGGUGAGAAUACUGAUUGCUAACUAAUAGGCUGUCCGUCAGAUAGUUGAAACUUUCGACUUGACUUUUUUAGGCCAACUGUGCUAGCUUGUGACAUUCCAGGAGCCUUUGUGAAGAAGCCUUGCAUCAUUAGAUUAGGUGAGACACAUUGACUGUGCCCACUGCCUGAUUGAUUACCUAAAUACUCGAGACAGGCAGCUGUGAAAGCACUGGACAUAAUAUAGUUGGCUCAGUACUCAUGCGUACACACAUAAUGUUAGGUAAUUAUGGUGCACUUUAGUGUCACUUCAUUUUGCAAGGGUACUGAGGGAAAGUGGUACUCAUGUCAUCACCGAAAAGUUGGCAUCUACCUUCUUAUACAUUCCUGUAGCCAUUUUUCGUUUACACACUUGUCACCACUACAUAAAUUUCUAAAGAAUUCAAUUAUUAAUUCCUUUUUCUUUGUUUCAAAGGAUGUGUAAUAGGCAUGAGCAGAUGCAUGAUUGUAUAAUUUUCUUGCAUCCUUGCCUAAUUAGCGACUUGAGGGUGACCCCAGAUCAUUAAUCCAGUUUUCCCAUGUAUAUAGGUAAUGAGUAAAGGAGCGAAAGGUUUAUAUAUAUAUAAUAUAUAUAUAUAUAUAUAUAUAUAUAUAUAUAUAUAUAUAUACAUAGGUGAUAUUUCAGUCGGUAACAUUUCGCUUUAUUACUACAUAAACAUUCGAGCAUUAGUUUACUACAGGUUCAUGAUAGAAAAAAUGUCUAAUGACCAACACUGAAGAGAAAGGACAGAACUAGGACCAUGUACAGUUUUUCUCACUUUGCACGCUGUUUUUCCAUCCAAUUGCUUUAUUAUUGAUUUUUGUAAUGUGGAUAUUUUCAAUGAUAAACGAUAGGUAUCUUUUUGCUUAUGCUUUUCAUAUCCUGUCAGUAUUGAGUGAGUAAAGCUGCCAAAAGUUCAGUUGUUUGCUUUCAGGCAUGGUUUCAAAAUAUAAAAUUGGAAAUUGUGAAACGCACUGGCAUCACACAUUUCAGCAAUUUAAUAUAUGACAUGUGAGCCAUACCUGUAGGAGUACUGGACGUACUAGACUUGGUACAAAAUGACGGACUCGAAUGUUCAAUUAAGUUUUCAAGUGAUCCAUUUUGCUGCUUUUUAUGUGCAUGUCAUCAGGUGAAAAUUCAUUCAAUGCAACAUAAUUUGGCAGCAGAAUGCGUUUAAAAAGCAGUGCUUUUUACAUGCUGGAUGUUCAGUUGUGAAUGUCAACCAAGUUGUAAGAUGUUCACAAUUAAACAUGAAGCAAGUGCUUGAUGUUCAUUUGUGCAUAAACCUUAAAUGCUGGGUACACUUGAGGGUAGACAUAUAGUUUAAUGUAUUCUUGUGUCAGAAGAGUUUAUGUUUUUGGUGAAGUUGGCUGUCUUGAUAAUACAUUUGCAGCGAACAUCAAGUCUGUGAGCUUAGCUCUUUUUUUGAACACGUGAAGAAGUGUCGAUGUUAUCUGUGAUAGGUAGGUGUUGACGUUGUGAUUGAGUCAGCCAUAUUGACAUGUAGUGACAUGUAACGGUCAUCGUCCUUGUACGUUUUGUACAUCUUGUUCGUUAGCAAAGUGUCACACUUUUGAAGGAGCAGUAUAGUGAUUGAUAUGCCAUGUACACGCUCUACAGGAUGCUGCUGUAGUGCGACAAUGCGUAUCUAUAAGUGGGCACUAAAUCUAACUUGUGGCAACUUUUUAUGAGUGGUUCACUUGUGUCUGUAUUUUAAGGUAUGUGUUACGAGCUGGUCUACAACGCAGCUCAGAAAUUUCCUGCCCACUAAGAUCUCUUGUGUAUAGGAGUACAUCGGUUUGUUACUGAUGCUGUUGUUCAAGUGUUGUGUUAGUGCAAAGUACAACUCCUAUGUGUUAUUGUCAUUGUAAUCCAGAUUUGCAGCUGGACACGAGGAUGAUGAUUUUCAUGUUACGCCCAGUUUUGCCUGUGCGGAAUUCAAUAGAUUUUCUAAUAACUAUAGCAUGUUAGUGACGAUCAGUGACUGUGGUCACCUCUCCACAAAACCGGAGUACACACGAAGUUACGGAUUGAUGAAAGAACCAGACGUACUGGGGCUGUUAGCGAUGCAGUAGCCAAUAUUGGUAUGCUUACCCAAGGUGCUGUCUCUGAGGGCGAUUCAGCAGGCGUUAUAAUUCGCGCUAUCUUUUUAAACACCUUGACAUUUGAGCAGUGUAAGAGAUGACAAACAAGAAAUGCUCACUGAGUUGUCUCCAAAUUAAGUUAAAAUUAGUGUGGCAAUACAUAUCCUUUUCUCAUUGUCUUCAUCCUGUUUCGUGCUGUUUGACUAAUUAGUUAUGCAGUGGUAUGCUGUUAACUGCUUUGAGUCGUGAUCUACAUCAUCAAUGUUCGAGGUCCUAUAUGUUGAAUUAAUGCCAUUUUCGUGUUUCCUUUUUGGGCACCAUUUAUAGGUACUGUAUGUGAAUAAUGGCAUAAUAUGCAUGUUUGGAAAGCAGUUACCGUAGCUCCAGCCUGACCAUUCAACUUAUUUUAAUGCUAGUUUCCCCAGUAAUGCUUCUGUAUCAUAUUGUGCUUAUCUGUCACAAUUGCCAUGUGCUCAUCUGUUUCACUGUUUGCCCAACUUGCAGUACCCCUGUAUUUGUGAAACAUUCAGAAAUAUUGUUAUGCAUGUUUCGUGCGUUAUAGUAAGUAUGUUUGGUGUUCCAGUGCAAUGGCAAUUUUGUGCUUUAGGUCUCCUGUCAUAGUUCAUGUUUUCUAUGACUAUUUGUACAUUCAUGAAUUACAAGUACCACCCAUGAUAAGUUCAACAGCUCAUAUUAUCUGAUCAUGCUACGACAGGUUAUGAAUUCUUUCCAGGUUGCCUAAAAACUGGUUUCAAUUUUCAGUGCUCGACUGUAUCAGCAAACUUCGUCCUUGCAAUUGAACAAAGUUGUAGCUCAUGUCCACAUGCUUUGUAUCUGUUGUAUCGUUCAAGCAUUUUUACGUUGAUUUUUCAUACGAACGUUCAAUUUGUGGGCAUUCUCCCAUUGACCUAUGGCGAGCUUGCUUCGCAUACGAAGAUCUGGUGCUUCAUACACUAGGCUUACUACAUCAACAAGUGUGUUUUGAUUGUGCAAUAUAAUGUUACUAUGACACUUAUUUUCAAAAAUUUUACUUCCUCAUUUUUUAUUGUGCCAAAAGUUCUCCACGAGCUUUGAUAUGACAUCCAAGAAUACGUAGACCAUUUUGGUUAACACCAUUUCAUCACUGUGGUAUACUCACUGAUUUUGAAUGUCGAGAAGACUUUUCGGGUCAUUAAUUAUGGGGCAGUUUUGAUGCGUCAUCGGCUCUAAAUGUCCCCAAGUUAGGGAAAGAGUAAACACUGUUGGUAGUUUGCGAAUUCUGUCCAAGAAAAAAAAAUAAGAACAGAUAUACUGUUGCUGUUGACUAUGCAAUAACAAUGUCGGAAAUUUGUAUCAAGUUUUAGAAUUGAAUAUUAAUAAAGGAUCUUUACA